UAUAGCGUAAAAUUUGGAGAAAUACUUAUCCGAUCCUUCAGGAGGAUUAUUCGCAACUGACUUAAUGCGCGAAUCCAGAUUGCAGUGAGAAAUUAGCUAGUAGCUGAACGUACUUUAUUUCCUGCUGCCGGUUUUGAAAGCAGUUGAGUAGGUGUUCUAGUGAGUUGUGCCAAACAAGAAACAAGCGGGAUAACUUGGUCAACAUUGCGCCCAAGUGACCGAGAAUGUUCGAGGUCACCGAUUCCAAUGAAGAUCUUCAAUCGAUCAUAAUAGAAAGCAGGGAGAAAUCUGCAGGAGCAUCCAAUAAAUUCACGAAGCCUCUGUCCGAUAUUUCAUCAUGGAAAGUCGGCCUUUUAACGGAGCUGGAAGUGUUGGACAAGGAGACCGUUUCCGUUAACGCAAAAGUGGAGCUGCUGGAAAAGAAGCUGAUGGCUCUGAAUCAUGAGAAGGAGGAACUUCGCAACAACAUCACCGACGAAAUGACCAAGCGACUCGGCUCAAUGGAGAGACUGCGUGAUCUGCGCGAAGCCAUUACUGCGAUCACAAGACGAGAGGAUGAGCUCGGAAGAGUGUACUCCGACAAUUUAUCGUUCCGCGAAAUGGGAAAAGAUUUUCAGAAGGAGUUUAGUGAGGACCUAAAGAAACUGGGCAAUAACCUUGCUUCGUUUGGCGAUGAACACCAGAAGAAGCUUCAGAUUUUACAAGAACAGAUGUCUUCCUUGGAUGCGCAAGAAUUAGACAAACGUAAAAUCUUGAAUGAUCUGGAUUCCGAGAAACAUGGAUUAGCUGCACGCGCUGAUAAAUUGACGGAAGACAUCAGAAAGAAGGAGGUUCAGCUCCAAAAUGAUAAGCGUGUGCACGCUACCCUAUGUGCUGAACGAGAUUCCAUCAACACUGAAAUCCGGAACGUGAGCGAUGAAAUUGUUCUGCGAGAUAAAGAAAAAGAAGAUGUUCUUGGCCAAAUAAACAGUUAUAAAGACGAGUUAUCUGCUGAUAACUAUGCCCUUACUGGUGUGGAAAAAGAGCUCGAAGAAGUAUCAGCAAAACUGGAAUCCGUCAUUGAGCUGCAGGAAAACGACACAACAAGUCAUAAUGAAACGCUCAAGGUUCUGGAUGAUGAAAUUUCUGCAAAAGAGGCAACCGUGGGUCAGCUGCAGCAAAGGAUCUCGGAAAUGGAAAGGGAAUGUAUGGAUUACACAACUCAUGAAUCCGUACUUCAAAAGCAGAAGGAAGAUCAAAUCAGUGAUCUGUUAGUCGUUGAAACAAAGCUUGCAGCCGCCAAUAUCGAACAGAACGAGCUGACAGCAAAGUUGCUGGAAGCAGAAUCAGCUUUAGUGGGAGCUGCGAAGGAUUCAAAAGAUCACGAAACUAAAUGGGAGAAUGAGCUGACUAGCCUUCAGGAUGAGCUAAAAGAUCUGGGCGAUAUGCGGUCAAAGCUUGAAACAGAGAUCGUAGAUUUGCAAAAGGAAGAAGUGAUGUUAAAUGCCGCUUUGAAAGUGGAACAAGAAAGGCUUUUGGCGUUACCGAUGAAGCGACCACUGCCACCGCCGCCGGCAGUGGUGAACAAACCAGCACCGAACAAGCGAGAUCGUCCAGAAUCUGGCCAAAAUGUUCGAAACUUCAGCCAGCCUAGUGGAGAUUCUUCGGAUGAGGAUUCCAAUGUCAGCCUGCAUCUGCCUAUGCGAAGAUCUGGAAUGGAAUCGGCUCCUGCUCGUCACAUUGAUCAUAGCGUCAGCCAACCAAAGCAAAAAUUCCGGAAGUCAAAGCCACACGGAAGCGAUAAAAGCGAAAUGUUGGCCAGUCUGGAUGAUUUCUGAUCUUCGUAGCCUAUCCCCUUGCCUUUCGUGGAGCAGGAAACAUUGUGCUGUGGAAUACCUGUUUGUUGAACGACGAACUUUCUGUUAUGGUAGAAUCUUUUUUGCACCCGGAAUUUGGAAUUUUUUUUCCGCGGAAAACUAGCGUGUAGUGAUUAUUGUGGAAUCCUUACGAAUAAGUGACUUUUGUUUUUUUUCCCUUUUUUCUUUCAUUUUCAGUUUAUGUUUCUUCCUUCUGUUUUGCCGGUUCGGGGUAACUUACAGUGCUGUUUACUAAUAAUGAUAA